AUGUCCGACGAAGAAAACGAAAUUGUCAAUCACGAAGAAGACCAAGGAGGAUCAGAAGGAGAAGGAGAUGAUGUUACCAGAGACUCAGUAACUGACUCUUCUGAAGAGGAUGAUGAUGACGACAACGAAGAGGAGAUUCAGAAAGUACGUGAAGGAUUCAUAGUUGAUGAUGAGGAUGAAGAAAUAGAAUCGAAAAAGAAAAGAAGGCACAAGAAAAGAAAGAGAGAAAGAGAACGUCAAGAAGAAAACGAUGCAUUAGACGAAGAUGACCUUGAGUUACUUUUGGAAAAUUCGGGAGCCAAACCCCGUGGCCAAGGAAAUAAACUCAAAAGGUUGAAAAGGAAAACUUCGGAAGAUGAAAAAGAAGGCUUACAAGGCGAUGCUUCAAGAGAGCACGAGCGCCAGUCAAGGACAUCUUCAGCAGUACCAGAUAUUUUUGCUGAUGAUGAUGAUGAUGAAGAGGAGGAAGGAUUGGGAGAGGGUUUUAUUGACAACGAUAAUGAGGCAAGGGAAGCUAUCCCCCGCGAUAGAUCCAACAUUUUGGAUGAAUUUGAAGACUUUAUCGAAGAAGAUGAACUCUCGGAUGAGGAUGAAGAAACAAGGAAGCAAAGACAACUUGAAAGACAAAGAGUGAAACAAAGGGGCCCAAAGCUUGACACAUCUAAAUUGUCCAAUGUCGAUCGUAAAAGUUUACAAGAAUUGUUUGAAGUGUUUGGCGAUGGCCGUGAAUAUGAAUGGGCAUUAGAUGCGCAGGAGGAUGAAGACGAAGGUGCGGCAGGUAAUGAAGACCCUACUUCUUUGGACGAAGUGUUUGAACAUGCAGAGUUGAAGGAACGUAUGUUGACCGAAGAAGAUAACUUGAUUCGUAUUAUCGAUAUACCAGAGCGGUACCAGAAGUAUCGUUCCUCGUUAACCUAUGUUGAACUCGAUGGCGACGAGUUGGAACUUGAAAAGGAGUGGGUUGCCGAUGCUAUGUUGCGAGAGAGAAAAGCCUUUCAGGGUGGAAUUUUAGAGCAGCCGUUUAAGGAAGCUGUUGGGAAAGUGGUGGAGUAUGUCUCCAAAGAAUCGUAUGAAGUGCCGUUCAUUUGGUCUCACAGAAGAGAUACCUUGUUAUAUUCCGAUGACGUGGGAGGUACAGGGGUGCAUAAAUUAUUGUUUGAAGAUGAUUUAUGGAGAAUCGUCAAGUUGGAUAUUGAAUACCAUUCCCUUUAUGAAAAACGAUUGAAUAUGGAAAGAUUGAUUGAGUCUUUGGGCAUUGACGAUGACUUAGCCAUGGAUAUAAAAUCCCUAAACACAAUGGUGGCCGUUCAAGACACUCAAGACUAUAUCAACUUCAAUUAUGCUAAGGAAAUCCAAAACUUGUCAAACAGGGUGAUUCAAGAAGGAGGAGAGCAAGAAACAGAUGAAGGAAAAAGUGGCGACGCCGAAACUAGGGCUAGAAACAUAAGCAAGGGUAAAAAACACUCCAAAUAUGCCCUUUUUGAUAGGAUCAAGUCAAAUAUCUUGUAUGAUGGAGUUAGAGCUUAUGGUAUUACCGCCAAACAAUUUGGAGAAAAUGUACAAGACCAAAGCUCCCAAGGGUUCAAUGUGACCUAUAGGAUUCAUGCAACUGAUGACUCUGAUGAAUCUCCCGAUUUUGUUAUUGAUAAGUUGGUUGAUGAUGAUGAAGCUUUGUUUAGAGACGAAAAGACGGCCAAAGACGCUAUAAGGCGUACCUUUGCAGAAGAGAUGUUCCACAAUCCAAAGAUCAGACACGAAGUGAGGUCUACUUUUGCAUCUUUUGCCUCAAUUAGUGUUUCCAUCACUGAAAAGGGAAGAAACUCUAUUGACAACUAUAGUCCUUAUGCUGAUAUCAAGUAUGCCAUUAAUCGUUAUCCAUCGGAACUUGUCCAAACUCCCGAUGUGUUCUUGAGGAUGUUGGAAGCAGAAAAAUUGGGCUUGGCUGUAGUAACUGUUGAGCCUAGAAAUUUUGAAAAUUGGUUUCAAAGUAUAUUCAAUUGUUUGAAAUCCGAUGGGUCUUCUGAAGUUUCAGACCAAUGGAACAAGGAAAGAGAGAUUGUCUUGAGGUUGGCCUUUAAAAAGUUGUGUGCCAUGGUUGCAUUGAAUACAAAAGAGGAUUUGCGCCGGGAAUGUGAGCGAUUGAUUGCUCUGGAAGUGCGAACUAAGUUUGUAGCCAAGCUUGAUCAAGCUCCUUAUACUCCAUUUGGAUACGACAAGGGAACAAAACCAAACGUUUUGGCUUUGACGUUUGGUAAAGGAGAUUAUGAUAGUGCUGUUGUUGGUGUCUUUGUUAAAGAUUCAGGCAAAGUUCAAGACUUUUUCAAAUCCGACACCAAUCCAAUUAGAGGGCCUGAGAGUGAGGAAGCUUUCAAUGGACAGUUGAAGGAGUAUUUCGAUAAGAACUUGAAAUAUGACAAGCCAGACGUGUUGGUGAUUUCGGGUUUCAAUGCCAAUAGUAAAAGAUUAUACGACAUUUUGACAAACUUUGUUCAAUCCAAUGCCAUUCACGUCAAUGCCGAAGAGAUCACCAAUCUUGAACAGGUGCCAUUGGUAAACGUUAUCUGGGGUCCCGAUGAGACAGCUCGGUUAUUCCAAAAUUCAGAGAGAGCCAAAUCAGAGUUCCCCGAUAAGUCUCAGCUUGUCAGGUAUUCCGUUGGGGUUGCUAGAUAUGUGCAAAACCCUCUCAUGGAGUACAUUGCAUUGGGAGAAGAUAUCUUGUCGCUUUCUUUCCACGAGCAUCAAAAACUUAUUCCUACCGAUUUGGUUAAUGAGGCUUUGGAGUCUGCAUUUGUUGAUCUUGUUAACGUGACAGGAGUCGACGUCAAUAUUGCUGUGCGUGACUCGUAUGUCGCCCAAUCUUUGCAAUAUAUUGCCGGUUUUGGUCCUCGUAAAGCCUCGGGAUUGAUCAGAAACAUCACCAACAACUUGAAUUCGACUCUAGCUGCCAGAAGUGAGUUGAUUGAAAGCGAGUUGACUACGGCUAAUAUCUUUAUCAACUGUGCUUCCUUCUUGUAUAUCCCGGUUGAUACUCAAGCUGACUCUCUUUCAACGCUGGUUGAGUUGUUAGAUGCCACCAGAAUCCAUCCGGAAGAUUACGAACUAGCCAGGAAAGUUGCUGCAGAUGCUAUUGAUAUGGAUGAAGAGGACUUUGCCGAGGAUAAUUCCGUUGCCAUUCAAAAAUUGUACAGCGAGGAUGUAACUAAAGUUAAUCAAUUGGACCUUGUUGAGUAUGGAAAGGAGUUGCAGGACAAACUUGGUAAGAAGAAGUUUGCUACUUUGUUGAUAAUUAAAGAUGAAUUGAUCAAUAAUUACGAAGAAUUAAGAAGAAAAUUCAGAACUAUGGAUGAUGUUGAAGUGUUUACGAUGUUGACGGGAGAAACGCGUGGCUCGUUCGGACGUGGCCUGGUUGUACCACUCACCAUUGUUAAAGUGGGUAAAAACUACCGUGACCCUACAGCAAGAAUUAAAUACGCCAAAGGUGUCACAUCAUCUAUGGUCCAGGCUAACAUUGAAGAAGACAAGAUUCCAAGUGAUCUCGAUCUUGUUCAGGGCCAGGUGGUGCAAGCGGUGGUGCUUGAGGCUUUCUAUGACUCAUUCACGUCGGUAAUGAGUUUGUUGAGGGAUGAUAUCAAACGAGCAUCGAAGCCUAGGAUUGUCAAGGACAGCAACAAAUGGAAUUUCAGAGCCGAAGAAGAUGAUUGGCAGAAGGAAAGGGAAAAAGAAAAGGCUCAACUCGCCAAGACAAGAAAUAUUCAACAUCCAUUGUAUCGAAACUUUAAUUACAAGCAAGCCGAGGAGUUUUUGGCGCCUCAGAGUUUGGGAGAUUGUGUUAUACGUCCAUCGUCCAAGGGCCCCAAAUAUCUUACAAUAACUUGGAAAGUGGGCAAUAACUUGUUUCAGCAUCUCUCGGUUGAAGAACGUACCAGGGGUAAAUUUAAGGAAUAUGUUGUAGAUGGAAAGACGUACUCCGACUUGGAUCAAUUAAUUUUCCAACACAUUCAAGCUAUUUCGAGAAAUGUCGAUCAAAUGGUGCGUCAUCCUAAAUUCAGAGCAGGUACAAUGGCAGAAGUUACCGAAUGGUUGGAGUCGUACACAAAGGCCAAUCCUAAAAACUCAGCCUACAUAUUCUGCUAUGAUCACAAGAAUCCCGGUUACUUUUUACUAUUGUUCAAGGUGAAUAUUGACACCCCCAUCAAGACUUGGCAUGUGCGUACCGAAACGGAUGGUUAUGCAUUAAAGAACUUUUUGUAUACCUCAAUGACGAAACUAUGCAAUGGAUUCAAGCAAGUGUUCAAGUCGUACUCUAAUCCCCUGAAGCAAGUGGCCCCGUCAACGACUGGCUAUGGCUACAAUGGUUAUUAG